AUGUCCAGCAUACCCGAUAAGCGCAAACAGCCCAGUUCUCUGACUGGCGGGAACCCCUAUGCCAAGCGAUCCCGUCCUUCUUACGCAGACGAAGAAGAUGAAGACGAGAUGGCACCAACCGUAACUCCGUACGAACGGCCUCGGAACCACCCGAUCUACGGACAGAAGAGCGCUUUUCCCGGCCUCGACACCGCCGCCGACGAUGAACUAUUCUACGGUCCAGCAGAGGACGGCAUAGAAUAUCUUCGCAUGGUCCGGUCAGAAGCUAAUUCACUACCCUUCCUGUUUACCGCGCCUCAACCCACAGAUCCGCCCGUCGAAGAAACCAAACAGAGUGAAGCCGAAAAGGACUCCAGCGAACCUCAACCCGAAGAAGAGAACAAGAAGACGGAUAUCGCGCAGGAAGGCAUCUACAGAGAUGGGGUGUAUGUCGCGGCCCCGUCAACUACCCCGACGGCACAACCGGAUACCGCCGAACCAGCGCAAUCGGAUGCGCAGUCGGGCUAUUACAACCUUCUACACCACCGGUUCUUGCUCCUCCGGUCUAUAUUAAAAUGCACGCCGCCGUCGACCGCUAUAGCGGCGCUGGACGAGUCGCAUCCGAUAAGUCUGCCGCGACGCUCGAGAGACGCGCGCAAGGAGUGGCGGCGUCUCUUGCUGGCGGCGGACCCGCAGACAGUGCAGCUAGCGUGUAUGGAUAUGGAGAGUGUGUUGGGGGUGCUGGAGGUUAUGGCGAAGCUAAUGUCGGAGAAUAUCAGGAGUGGAGAUGCGGAGCGGGUUCGACGGAUCGGGGCCUGGGCUUGGGGUUUACUGGGCAAGUGUCGCGAUGUUGGGCAGCUGGCGUCUGAGGAGGUGGGCGAGAUUCGGGACUUGGGAAAACGUGCCGCUAAGAUCUUGCGGAAAAUGCGCGAGGAGGAUGAGAAGAAGCGCUCGGCUGGGGCGGAUGGGAAUGUGUCGAGUGGAGAGUCGGAUGACGAGAAUCCAGCCGAGGAUCUGCCUCAUGCGGAAGAAGAAACGAAAGACAAUGUGGAGGCGCCCAGUGAUCCUACUGGCGAAUCUCUCGACUACGACAUGCCGGACGCGGAACAAGAGCCUCCUGCCGAAGAGAUAGAAAUGGCCAAAGCACAGCUACAGGCUAAGAUUGAGCAAGUCGAUGAAUCUAAAUCGACCGAACCCGAUGCUCAGGAGGACGAGACUAAGACCGAGGAGAAUGCCGUCGAAGUCGCCAUGCAAACCCGGGCCAUGCUGGAUAUGAUCAUAACAGUGGUCGGGGAGUACUACGGCCAGCGCGAUUUACUCUCGGCCCGAGAGCCCUGGACCGACUUGACGAGAUUGGUUUGA